AUGCUCUUGUUCCUCUUCUUGUUUGGUCUGGCUCUGGGUGCCGAGUCUCCUUCAGGUGACCAUGAAAUGAAGCUACAGCGUGGGAACUGUCCCAUGUUCUGGUACAGCUUCCAGGGCCGCUGCUACAAGUAUGUCUCCACACAUAUGACCUGGGCUGAUGCAGAGCUCCACUGUGUGUCAGAGAAGGCCAACCUGGUGUCUGUCCACAGUCUGGAAGAACAGAAUUUUGUCAAAUCCUUGAUUAAGAACUUUGACCAUGCUGAGGGAUACACUUGGAUCGGACUCAGUGACACCCAGAAGGAAGGAGGAUGGAUGUGGUCUGAUGGAUCUGCAGUGAACUUUGCCUUUUGGAGUUCAGGAGAGCCAAACAACGAAGGAGGAAAAGAAGACUGUGUUCACAACAACUAUGGUACUGAUCUGAAAUGGAAUGAUCACUCAUGUUCUCUCACCUUUCCGUCUGUUUGUGCUUCUCGCAUAGACUGUCCUUAG